CCUCAAUAGCUGCCAGCUUGAUGCAGAAAGCCUUUAAAACAAAUUCGGUGUCCAGCGAUAAGGUUGCGAUUGCACGAUGAGGUGAUAAGCCUUGUUAUGCUCCUCUCAAGGGGGUCCGAGAUACCGUGUCGAUGAUCGUCCGACUUGCCAAUUAUGAACGCCAGCAACUCCCAUCUCGAAUUAUAAUAUUAUGAUAUAGGUACCUCGAAAAACGUAUUAGAAGAUCGGUAUCUCCUCUUAUACAAAGAAAAAAAAAAAAAUAAUAAUAAUAAUAAUCAUAAAAAAUAGACAGGAGACGAUCUUUAAAUGAAACCGCCUGUGAUGCCAUGCACUUGACUGUUGACUGGUAAGAGCUAGACAGACAGAGGGAGCAGCCACUUGAGAAUCUCCCUGGCCAGACUGUAUGACACAACUGCCAGAGCCACUCGCUCGCGCGCUCAUUCAGCAUGACCUCUCCCAAUGAGGUUUGGAGGGUGACUGACAUGUUUGAGGAGGGCCAUGAGGAAGGCCAACGAGAGAGAGAGAGAGGCCGUAAAAAAAGCAUGCUGGAGAAGGCACGCGAGGUCCAGAAGCGGGCGCGGGGAAGCGUGGUGGGCGUGAAGGAGGGGAAGAAGGGGGAAAAUGUAGCCCUCGUGAACAACCCCUUGUUGGCGCCGCUCGCCCUCGUGGAGGUCAUCGUCACCGCGGGGAUCUGCGCCCUCAAUUACUGCCUCAGGUAUGACGAGAACUUACGCGAGGGCUGCAGCAUGGUCGCCUGGGAAGGGGUGAGGCUCUCCUGCAGCCAAGUGCCCGACAUUUCCUACCCUGCCUACAGUCCUUCUCACGCGGCUACGACUUCGGUUCAGUUCGCUCUCCCCGAGUCAGUCUUCUUCUCGUGCGCCAUUGUGGUUCCCUUGGGCCUGAUGUUGGUGGUCGAGGCUGUCAAGACACAGCAUCCGGUCCGGAGAGUGAAGACUGUGACAUCACUCGGCCUGAAAUUUCCGCCCUACGUACGCCGUGUUCUGAGAUUCAUAUGCACCUUCAUGCUCGGGGGCGCGGCCACGGGGUGUUUCGUGUCUGUCCUGAAGCUGCUCAUAGCCUCCCCUCGCCCUUCCUUCGUCGCCCUCUGCCAACUCAACAACACCAUCUGCAGCACCGCCAGCGUGUGGGCUCCUCACGGCUCUUGCGAGGCGCCCCCCGCGGUCGUGCACGAGGCGCUGCGCUCCUUCCCGUCCUACCGCGCGGCGCUGGCCGUCUACUGCGGCGUAUGGACGUCGGUGUACCUGACCCGCGUGGCGCGCGUGAAGGGCGUGUACAGCUCGUCCGUGGUCAUCGUCGGGGCAGUGUGGGUGAUGACGGCGAUCGGCCUCGGCCACGGGCUCUUCACCUACCAGUCGUCGUACUCUGACGUCAUCGCAGGCGGUCUCAUGGGCGCCGGGGGAGCUCUGUACCUGAUCUUCGGUCUACUGAAUGGCUUCAGGGAGAAGAAAUGGAAGGUGAGCGUCAUCAAAAGGCGCUCCCUGCAAGUCCAGGGAAAUGCGAACCUCCUGCCCAUGGUCCCUCUGGCAGGCUCCGAUUUACCCGCCAAGCCGAACGAAAUCAACAUGGACGACAUGGACGACGAGAGCGACGAGGACUCCUCAGGGGAGGAGAGUGACGAGGGCUUGUACAACCGCCUGGCUUUUAGCAGUGACUCCUUCCCCAUCAUCCCGCGGGCUGCCAGUCGACCCCUGUCCUUAAUCAGCACCGUGAGCCCCAGGGAGAGUUCGCCAGCGCAGGCCGUCAACGCCGUCGUGGCGAAUUCCCCUCCGCCCCCGCCGCCCCCCCCUCCGCCCCCUCCGCCGCCGCCCACCGGGCCUCCCCCCAGCUACUCCCGGCCGCCCGUGUCCCCCUGGAGUGCCUCGCAGACCAGGCCCUACAACGUGCCCAGGCAAAGGUACUCCGCCCCGGCCCCCGCCCCUCGCGCCCCGGCCUACGACCUCAGAUACGACGACACCUACAGCCGGAGGGACGACUACGCCAGGACGCACCACCUGCGGGACUCGGACACCCUCCCCCGCGCGCGCACCGAGACGUCGUCCUAUUUCUGAGGUGUUCUGGUGCUCCGCUGGAGUUUAUCACAGUAUUGACUACACAUGCAUGGUAUUACUACACCCUCUCGCCCGCCCGAUACUCACCAAGGGCAGGAUCGUCGCUGUCAACCGGCCCUUGAUACAUCUCCCGCAGCAGGUAGUAGGGGUCGGCCACACGAGCGGGCGCUGGGACUCCUCUCGCUCGCUUUAUCGCCACUAAUGUCACCACCAGCAACCUCAGUAACAUCUCCGUUGAAGUUUGUGUUGAUAUUUGUCGUUAAAUUAAUGUUGGUGGUAUUUUUCGUGGAGUUCACCUAUGCUUUCACUUCCCAACGUAAUACUGUUACUAGCGAUGACCUGACCUGACCCAAGGUCGUGAGCUACUGACUAGUAACCAACCCAGGAGACCUAUUACCUGACCCGACAUUCAUCAACAACACUCCCCCCUUACCGCACCUGUCCCUGCUCACCUGUCACUCAUCUCUUACGGACCCAUCUCUCGCCAAAUCAAAAACAGAUCGACGUAAACUUAUGCAAAACAAUAAACCAUAAACACGAAUUAAAAUAACAUUUACGAACUACAUCUGGAAGUUCUGGAAUUUUUUAGGAUGGCUAAGCAUCUGACAGGAUGUUUUUUGGGAGAAUUAAAAAGCCAGACCACGACAUUCACCGCCUGCGGCAAAGGGACUUCCUUCUCACCCGCCGCGGCCGGAGCGCCUCCCCGCAGCGCCUCCCCGCAGCCACUGGGUGCUGCGUGUCACUGGAUCUUCGCAAUGACUAGCGAAUGUGUGCCUUUCAUUGUAACGUUCUACUGUCAAUAUAAAAGUUUGCAAUACAAACUAUCCAUACAUUUCAUAUUGUACUAAUACACAAUAAAUGAAGUAAGGAUUUCGACGCAUCUAUAAGAAAUUAUGCAAAAAAGGUAAUCAUACCUAAAGAUAAACUCCCUCAGAUUGGGCACUUUUAUCAAAAAGCUGAUUAAACUCUUAGAGAGGAAACUGAUUUAUUGAAAACGAAUUAAACUCAUAAAGGCAUUUGAUACUGA